AUGGAUCUCCGUGACGGAUCUCUAGGUCAUCGCGAUGGGCCUCUCCUCGGAAAUUCUCAACCGUCGGAUCGAACUGGCGCUGGUGGGGCGUAUCCGCACAAUUCAUUCCCCCGAUGGGGAUCCCAACCGCAGAUCCACGAUUCCGGCUACCGUAGGAUUCAGGAAUCCGGCGGGGAGCGCGGAGGAGCGGGGAAUGGAGGGGGAGGAGCGGGUGCUGGUACGAGGCGAGGGGGAUUUACCCGGCAUAAUUCGUGGGGAGGGAUGUUUCGGUUGAAGCACUCUCAGUCGCAUACGAACCUCAUGGCGGCGCCGCUCCCCAAGUGCCUCACGUUCUGGCACCUCAUCCCGCUAGGAGUGGGGUCAACCAUAGGCGCGGGAGUGUACGUGCUGAUAGGCACAGUGGCGCGGGAAAAGGCUGGACCUGCACUGCCCCUGUCCUUCCUCAUAGCAGCCGUGGCUGCGGGUUUGGCUGCUCUGUGCUACGCUGAGCUCGCCAGUCGGUGCCCUUCUGCUGGCAGUGCCUACCACUACGCUUACACGACAGUCGGAGAAGUGGUGGCGUGGUUGAUUGGCUGGGCUCUUAUUCUCGAGUAUACCGUGGGUGGGGCAGCUGUGGCUCGAGGCAUUGCACCGAAUCUGGCAACGGCGUUAGGAGGGCCAGACAACCUGCCGUUCAUCCUGGCCCGCCUGCCCGUUCCGGGCACAAGUGUGGUCCUGGAUCCGUGUGCUGCCAUCACGGUGGCUCUUGUCACAGCGCUGCUAUCUGCCGGAAUCAAGGAGGUGAGGCAGGCAUGCAUAACAGUGGCUCUCGUCACUGCGCUGCUAUCUGCCUGCAUUAAAGAGGUGAGGCAGCAGCCCGUGGGUGUGUGGCCUGCCUGCCUGCCCCAGCCUUCCAGGCACCACUGUGGUGUUGGAUCCGUGCGCUGCAUUGCAUUCACGGUGGCUGUGGUCACUGCGCUGCUGUCAGCCGGCAUUAAAGAGCUGGCGUCUCAUAGUCUGCACCGUUAUCGCUCUUGUCUCAUUCACCCUGUUUUCAUUUUUUUCUCUUUUCUUAAAUAUCCCUCUUUUCUGUUCGACAUCCCUCUCUUCCGUUGCUUUUUUUUGCAGAGCGCCAAUUUCCAGAUGGGGAUGACAGUAGCGAAUGUGAUUAUACUGCUGUUUGUCGCGGUGGCGGGGGCAUGGAUAGGAUUUACCCACGGAUGGCCAGGGUACAAGGAGUCUCCAAGGUGGGUGAUUACAAUGCAAUAUUCUAGUGGGGUUUGUGUACCGUUCGGUUUGCCUGGAAUGCUAGCUGGGAUUACCUUCUUUGCUUUCAUUUGCCCUCCUUCCCCUGCUUCUCCCCCGUCUCGCCCUUUCUAUGCCAGCUACCUACCAUUCGGUGUGUCGGGAUUGCUGGGAGGAGCUGCUAUGGCCUUUUUCUCGUACAUUGGAUUCGACACCGUUGCCAGCACAGCAGAAGAGGUGAAGCACCCUCAGCGUGACCUGCCUCUGGGAAUAGGCCUGUCGCUCACAUGCUGUGGCGCUCUGUACAUGGUGAUAGCGGCGGUGCUGGUGGGGUUGACUCUGUUUGACCGCAUUGACCCAGAUACGCCCAUGGCUCAGGCCUUUGACACCUACCAUUUGGAUUGGGCCAAGUACCUUGUAACAGCGGGAGCGCUAGCGGCUCUCUCCACUACUCUGCUCGGAUCCCUGCUGCCCCAGCCGCGCAUACUCAUGGUCAUGGCACGGGACGGCCUCCUCCCAGCCUGGUUCGGCCGCAUCGACAAGGCCACGGGAGCAUGUGUGUUCCAGCACAUGGGAUCGCCGGACAGCCUGGGCACAUCUCCAGCCAUUGAAAUCCGAUCUAACGGCCAGCUGCAGUCCGUGUUUUCCCUCACUCCCAACUCGUUUCAAGCACCGCUGCUGGCUCGAUUGCUUGAAGAGAGGGCGGGAGAGGGGGAGGGGGAUGCGGAGGGAGGGGGUGAGGAGGAGAGGGAGGAAGAAAGACGGAAUGAGGAGGAGGAGGAGAGGGAGGAGGAGGGAGGGGAUGAGGAAGGGGAGGAUGACGCAGCGGAAGAGCGAGAAGAGGAGGAAUCGGGAUCUCAGGAACAAAAGCAGCAGCACCGUACAGCAAACCUUUCCACCGCAUGCAACACCACAGUAUCGAGAGGACUGGGUGAAGCUACCGUUGACAUUGCCACUGAGAGCAACACUGCACAAGCCAGGAAUCACGGCUCUGCUCAUCCUGCUACUAUCACACCUUGUACAGUCACUGCUGUAGCCACACCUGCUGCGACAGGUCCUGCUACAGCCACUGCUACAGAUGCUACAGCCGCUAUUGCACCCACUUCCCACAGACGACUUGCCUCACGAGUCAUUGUCGCUGUCUCGCUGGGCGCCCCUCUGCUUGGCGCUGCUGCUGCUGUGGCUCCUGCUUCUGCCGACCUCUCCAUUACAACAAAUUGGUUACCUCUCCUACUAUUCUCUCUGGGCGGCCCACUGUUCCUCGGAGGGGCAGCAACGCUUGGAUGUAUCAACGAGGACGAAGGACGGCACCAGUUCGGAUCAGCAGGAGGGUUUCACUGCCCCUGGGUGCCGUGGCUUCCCCUCGCCAGCAUCAUGGUCAACGUGUACCUCAUGGCCAACUUAGGUGCCACCACGUGGCUCUACUCCUCCUCGUGGCUCGCUAUAGGAGCACUCGUUUACCUCGCCUACGGCCUGCACCACAGUGCCCUGGGUCAAGCCCACGCGCCGGGCCCACGCAUUCUGGAUGCCUCGAAGCGCACUGCCAGCUGGUGGAACCUGGGCACGCCGUUUGAGGAGUGGGUGGUGCAGCAGACGCACAGAUAG